AUGCUGUGCGCCGUGCUGCUAUUCCUUCAUGCCAUCAUAAAAACUAUUAGUUCAGAAGGUGUAGAUAUUAAUGAAUGCUUUGUGCAGGUUCCAGGUCAACCUGCGGGCGGAGGUGUUCCAGGCCAGGCUCAAGCUGCUAAUGUGCAACGCCCCUCGCCACUUGCACUCGCGUGCAGAAAUAAUAACGAAGCUUUUUGUACUGCGCUUUUUGAUCUUAUGGAUCCACAAGCUCUGCAAGAUAAUGCAAAUCCAAUGACAACCUAUAAGGUCAAAGAAAAUUGUCAAAAUGCUAAUCUUAAGCAGGAAGCCAUAAGAACAUGUCCUCGUUCCUGCGCAUUUUGUUGUUUAACACCACAGUAUAACUGCACGAAUGAGAAUGAUGCGAGUUGCAACCUGUUCCUUACGAUGCCUCAACUGUGCACAAAUCCAAACAUUUCGGCAAUAGCGUUAGCAAGGUGCCCUCAAAACUGCGGGUUAUGUAACCAACCUGGUGCAGGCGGUCGUUGUCCAGACACUUUUCCAAACUGUGCCGUGUUAGUGGCACUCGCUGGCUGCAAUGACCCAAAUAUGCAACGGAACUGCAUGGGAACAUGCAACCUAAGAACCUCUACGACAGGAGGACCACCUAUUCCGAUUUGUUCAGACGAUCGAGCAAAUUGUGCACAAAUGCAACGCUUUUGCACUGUGGAACCAUUCGCUAGAGCAUUGAGAGAACAGUGCAGAAAAACAUGUCGCAUAUGUGCAUAG